AUGCCAACACCAACAUCACCUCAGCAAACUGUGCGGCCUCCUCGCAAUAAUAGAAACUCACAAUCUCCAUCGCCACUACCGUUCCUAGCGCGCCUUAUCGUCAGGCUCCGCAAUAUCUGCAGCACAAUUAUGGCAUCCUAUACGUUGAAAGAAGUGAUCGAUAGGGGAAAGUUCGAAUCACUUAGUGACGAACGACUUGUUGAUCUCCUGUAUCAUCAGUUCAAACCGGUGAUCGACAGACUCAAGAAGGUGGAACAAAAUAUUGAGGGGGACGAUGCGCAUCCCCAAGGAUUACUAACCCGGGCAGGCGUUGGGGGAAAACGCAAUGAAAAUGAUUAUAAUCUCACCCCCUCCCGAUAUCUUUUCAACGGCGAAGAUUACUCAGAGGUGAACCGAACCUUGACUAAUGUUCUUGCGGUGCGAUGGUUGCUCGUCGGGGAUUACCGCAUCUUUACUUGCCAUCAAAAGGGACCCAUUAAGUUAAAGAUGGAGACUUUUGAGGAAUUUCGCAAUCUCAUUGACCGGUUCCGAAAUAAGCAAGAUUGGCUAAUGGCCUUGAUUGUGGCUCUGGUCAUAGGUGACGUGGGUAAAGACGAUGAGCUAGCUAAAAAAGUGCGAGCUCAUUUCAAGAUUCCAUCAGACGAGAAAAUGAAUCACGAUACAGUUCUCGAAAAGGCCCUUGAAAUGAACAUCAUCAAGUCUCCCUCUCCACCAUUGGAUUUAGCCCUUGAAAUGAAUAGCAUCAAGCCUCCGUUUCCAUUGGAUUUACUGCCGCCUCCUCGACAAGAUGAUGUAUUUCGAGGAGUGAGACUGGGCGCCAAACUCAAUAUCCCACAGCUAGCCCAAGGUGAGAAUGUUCCAGGAAGCCUGCAAUGUCUUCACGAUCUUCAAGGCCAGGAAAGCGCCUUUGAUUUGAAAUAUCUUGAAAUCAUGUUCGAUGUGGCUGGCGCAGGGGCGCAUGUUGAUGCUUGUGGUUCGGUCCGGAUGAUUGAACCGGUCUGCCAAUCAUUCCUACUUACUUAUGAGAUCCUGAAGCGCGUCAUAUCAAAAGAGAUCACUAUCCAGGACGCCUACAAUAAAGUCUUGCAAAAUCGAGGCCGUAUCUUAUCCGACAAGGGUUAUCCAGAGUUAUCAACAGAUAAAAAGCAAGAUCGGGCCCUCUUGCGCCUGUAUGCAAUGGGCAGGGUAGCAGAUAUCGACUUGGCAGAACGCUUCCGCAAGGCCCUUCUCGGCCUCCCAGAUAAUCAUAGAGCUGAACUUAUCCAAGAGCUUAAUCAGAGCGGUCUGGAAGGUGAACAAGCUGUAAUUCUUUAUUACAUGCCCGCACUGUUUGCAGAAUUACUCCGGCACACCCAACAGGCUUCUGAGGAAACGCAAAUAAAGGCGCUCACGUCGUUGAUGGGCUUUAUGAGACGCACAUAUAUCGGAGCAAAGAAUGUACCCGGUGAAAAGAAGCUCAUUAUUGAGUGUGAUGUGUCUGGAGCAAAGAGCAAGAUUCAAGCCCCGGAAUUCCCAGAAGACCUUACUGGGUUGGACGACUAUACUCUCCCAUCAUUGGGCUCUUAA